AUGGAGGGGGCGCUGCGGCCGGCGGAGGAGGGGCCCAGCGGCCCCAAAAUCUACCGGCAGCGCGGCCCCUACAGCGUCCUCAGGACGUUCCCGGGCAAGCGGCCGGCGCUGGCCAAGCGCUACGACCGGGCCCCGCUGCUCGAGCCGCCGCUCUCCCGGCCGCCGCCGCCGCCCCCGCCGCCCUUCGCGCCGCCCGCCGCCGCCUCCAGCAGCAGCAGCAGCAGCGCGGGCGAGCCGCCGCCGUUCCCGCCGCAGGGCUCCUUCCCCCCCGGGCCCGGCCGGGCCGCCGCCGCCUCGUCGUCGUCUCCGUCCUGCGCGCCCGCCGCGCCCCAGGGCCCCCCGAGGACCUCGGCGCCGCCGGCCCCCGCCGCGUCCUCGUCCUCGUCCUUCGCCGCCGUCGUGCGCUAUGGCCCGGGCCCGGGGGCCGCCGCGGGCAGCAGCAGCAGCAGCAGCAGCGCGGGCAGCGACGGCGCCAGCCUGGAGCUCAGCGCAGAGAGUCGAAUGAUCUUGGAUGCCUUUGCCCAGCAAUGCAGUCGAGUUCUUAGUCUCUUAAAUUGUGGAGGAAAGCUUCUGGACUCCAACCAUUCUCAAUCCAUGAUUUCUUGUGUAAAGCAGGAAGGCUCGAGUUAUAUGGAAAGACAGGAGCAGUGUCCCAUCGGGAAAGGGGUCCACAGUCAGACCUCAGAUAACAUAGACGUAGACAUGCAAUAUAUGCAAAGGAAACAACAGACUUCUGCCUUUUUGAGGGUUUUCACUGACUCCCUACAGAAUUACCUGCUCUCAGGGAGCUUUCCAACUCCAAACACCUCUUCAGUCAGUGAGUAUGGCCAGCUGGCCGACGUGGAUCCUCUGUCAACCUCCCCCGUGCAUACACUAGGUGGCUGGACCUCCCCGGCAACCUCCGAAUCCCACGGUCACCCGUCCUCUUCUACACUGCCGGAGGAGGAAGAAGAGGAGGAAGAGGAAGGCUACUGCCCUAGAUGCCAAGAGCUGGAGCAGGAGGUUAUUUCACUACAACAAGAAAAUGAAGAGCUCAGACGGAAAUUAGAGAGCAUACCAGUGCCCUGCCAGACUGUUCUGGAUUACCUGAAGACUGUGCUGCAGCACCACAACCAGCUCCUGGUCCCUCAGCCUGCAGACCAGCCCACUGAGGGAAGCAAGCAGCUGUUGAACAACUAUCCUGUCUACAUAACGAGCAAACAGUGGGACGAGGCUGUAAAUUCUUCAAAGAAAGACGGGAGACGGCUCCUUCGAUACCUCAUCAGAUUUGUUUUCACAACCGAUGAGCUUAAGUACUCAUGCGGCCUUGGGAAAAGGAAAAGGUCAGUGCAGUCAGGAGAGACAGGUCCCGAAAGACGCCCUCUGGAUCCAGUUAAAGUAACAUGCCUCCGAGAAUUCAUUAGGAUGCACUGUACCUCCAACCCCGACUGGUGGAUGCCCUCGGAGGAACAAAUAAACAAAGUGUUCAGCGACGCUGUGGGUCACGCCCGGCAGGGGCGGGCGGUGGGGACUUUCCUGCACAACGGUGGCUCGUUUUAUGAAGGGAUCGAUCACCAGGCUUCCCAGGAUGAGGUCUUCAAUAAAAAUUCCCAGGAUGGGCCUGGGGAUUAGUGGACAAAAAUCUUUACACCGUAGCGGCUGGUCCUCUCAACAGUUCCAGUUGUCCAUGUGCUGUCCCCGUCCCCUGAGAGUCCAGAGCAUGUCCUUCUGUCAGACUGUACACAUCUCAAACCUUAACUCUCUUGACCUACUGCCACAGUUCCCAAAUAGAAAUCCAUUUUGGGAUUGUUUGGGAAGUCUAUGGAACCUACAGCAGACUUUGGGUACAUUAUAAAAAGAAAAAACAAUUGAAUUUAAUUGAUUCCUAGCUAGACAGUGAGGGUGGAAAAAAAAAUCAGUGAGCUACUGGUCACCUGUCUGAAAUCUUCCCGUAAGCACUGCUUCCUGAGCAGAGCCCGUCCCCGCGGAAGAUGGGGUUAGAGGCCCUGCCCGUGAGAGAAGAGACAGACGUGCAGUUAUUUUAAGGGACAAUGAACAAACAUUUUCUUUAGUUUAAUUCAAAUAAGUUGUCUCUCCAUUUUCCAAAGACUUGAAUUCCUACUUCUCAGCCAAGACCUAGGGUGGGCGACACUGUCACCUGUUGGCAAAGCCUGUAUUAAGCCUGAGAACAGAGGUCGCUGCUAGACAACGAUUUGUUGGAAACCCGCUGGGUUUGUUUUUGUGGUUGUUUUUUUUUUUUCAGUUUUUUUAUGAACCUCACCCCACCCACCCCACCCCUAGCCCAAAAAUCUGCCCUGUUGAUCAGAAAGGCUCUGGAGUUCACAAACAGUAAGUUUUCGUUCUGUUCAGUCGGGAAACCGCCAGAGAUCCAAGACCCUUUGCAGCUGCUCGGUUUCGUAGGUCCACCGACCCACCGUUCCCACAGCCUUAACUCAGACUUUGUCGACGCAAUGCCAAAGUGAUGGGUUGAGCAACGAGGAUUUCAGUCACUGGAGGCCAGACAAGUGGUGUGACUGCUGGUGGUCACCGAUUGACCGGACGUCCUGGGAUCACAUACACAGCCGCAAGGCCAUUCUGACAACUAUGCAACGGGCUCGUCUGUAAUUUCCCUGAAACGUGAGGGUCUUCCUCUGAGUAGAUGUGUAGACUUUGCAUAAGCUUUUGUUUCUCGUUGUCACUGUUGAAAAUGUUUCAUCCCGACUGUUUUUGCUGUUUGUGCCUCUUCCCCCCACCCCCCAGGCCCCCCACCCGAUCUGUUGAACACAGGCUCUGGCUAAGUCAACACUGAACCACUCCCACGUGUUCUCUUCUGUUGAAUUUGUUGAGCUCCGUCCGUGAAAUUAGUACUGUCCUUGGGAGCAUUCCUCCCCCACAGACUGGAGAUGGUAGAAGCUGGUUCUGAGGGCUUGAGGUUCGGGGGGAGGAGCAGCCUCCUCCGUCACCCCGACUCUGUAAAGCCUAGGGCUGCGUGGGCAGGAGUUGCUGAAGGUGCCUAACGUCGUCCACCAAUGUGAUGAGGGUUUUGAAAAUCGGUCGGAAAUUCAUUGAAGGUGUAUGAGCAUCCGUUUAUAAAGAGGGUUUUUUGUGAGACCGUAAAUUACCAUUUAUGUUCAGUAAUUAGCACCAGCUGUAUGCACGGCCCUGGAAGUAGGUUCUCCUUUAGCUUGUUAUUAUUAGCUUCAUCCAUUGAAGGGUUUAAUGUUCAUAGAGGUGGUCCUUUGUCGGAUCUGUUGAGUCGUGUGGGGAGAACUAGUAUCUCGAUCCCGUUUGGGGCACGUUGGCUUAGAUUUGUAAGUAAAAGGAUGAUGGCGAAUGUGAUGUUAGGGGAACCAGGAGACCUCUGCCUUCAGCAGUCCAAGGAAGGAGGAGACUUUUAAAAUGUUUUCAGAGGUCUGGGAAGUCAGUGCCUUAUAAGACUCUUUGGUGGCAGGAAAUCCUGGCCAGACGCAGACUGUCCCCGCAACCUCCUCUGUCUUUCCGUCCUUGCUUUUUUGCAUCAGGCGCUCGCUGGAGCUGGCCAAGCAGCUUUAGGCUGAGUGGGGCUGGGGCGCCGCCUGCUCGCGGCCUGGCUGGCCUGGUGAGGGUCGGCCCAGCCCCGGGGCUUGGGGGCCGCCGUCAGGGGCCGCUGUGGGAGCCUGGCUCACGGCGGUUGCCUCUCGGUCGCCUCAUCCCUAAAUCGGGGCGUGCAGAGGAUGUUUCCUUAUUUGUGGUGAGACCGUGUGGAGCGAGGUUUCAAAAGCUCACCACCAAGACCGGGGGCCGUCCCCACUCUGUCCCCCUUAGCCCUGAUGUCCUUGGAGACCUGAGGACGUGGCUUACGCUUGGCGCCUUUGGCAGUUGGUGGAUCGCUCGUGGCUAGAAAGUGUAGCGUCAGCUCAUGGAAUCCCCAAGUCGCUGGGCACCGGCACCGACGGACUGAGCAGCCCGGGCUGCGGCGGUGCCACCUUCUCGGGGGGGGGGGGGUGACCCAGGGCUGGCCUGGCCCCAGAGGCUCACCGCCGCCUGCCCAGCGCUUCAUGUGCUCCGCGACUGCCGUGACCUGACAGCCUGCCGGUGACACAGUCUCGACGUGUCUCAUUGCCCCGAGGUAAGGGGACAGGACAGGGACUCUGCCUACCUUCCAAGCGGCCCGAAGCCCCAGAUGCAGCGGCGCUGGGCGCAGGAGGCCCUCGGGGGACCCACGGGAGGCAGCAGGCCGGAGGCUGCGGAGGGCAGGGCCGCUGGGCCGUGAGCAGCCCCACUGGACGCCGUUGCCGGACGCUGAGAGGCCGGUGACGGCGGCUGCAGAACGCGGCUGCCCCUCCUUGGGAGGGAACUGGGAGACCCGUGGAGCUGCUUCACAGCUGCAGAGCGGGCGGGUGCACUUCGGUCCGGAUCUUCGUUGGCCCCUCCUCGGCCAUAAGCACAGGGGCCUAGGGGACUGUCAGCCUUGUAGAGGACACGUUGCUAGAGGUGGGAGUUGGCCCGGCUCGUCCAAGAGCCAGAUGCGGGUAGAACGGGGUAUGCGGCCCAGUAGCUGUUCUUGUGAUACCUGACGUCUUCCCCAGUUCUAGACAACAACCCCAACCUGGUGAACCGCAGGUUCGUGACUUCUGCAUUCUCCUCCCGCCUUUGAUAUCUAGUCCUCCUCCCUGCUGCUCUCAGAACCCGGACGGAGCAUUACGCGAGGUGAAACACGCAUGGUUUUCAGAAAAGCAAACCUACAUUCGCCCUCAUUUGGGUUUUACUGUAUAACCCAUGCUCUAGACUCUAACCCUAAUACCCACCAACUACCUCCUUAGUUUUUUCUUAGAUUUUAGUCAUUUGUUAAAACCUCAGUCUCGGAUAACUUUAUUUGUAGAAAAGACCGAAACUUAACUUUUCUCGUUCAGAGCUGUGUCAUUUCACAGUAGAGAUCUAUGGUUUUUGACAGCUCUUCUACACAAAUUUCAAGAAAUGUAAUAGGAAACGAUUGUGCACAUAUGGUGCAAGCCUCGCUGGUGUGUGUUUAACGUGGCAACAUUUGCCAUAACUGCUUGGCAAAGCGUGUCAACUAGAACGCUGGAGUCAGAACCCUAAUGUAAAUGUGUCUAAACAGGGCUAUGUCGCAUUAUGAUAUAUUUUUGUAAACAUAGCCGUGGCUUCUUACAGUCGUGUAAGUACUGAAUACAAAUAGUCACUUCCCUUGGAAUGAUGCAGGAAAAUGCUACCCUGCCGGUGGCCCUCUGCACAGUUACUUGCGUUGUCAGUGGCAUUUGUGUUUCCUAGAGGCUGAAGGAUUGAUGCCAGACAAGGCGGGGUGCCCACACCAAGGCCCCAGUACUUGCCUUCUAGUGUGUAAAACUCAAGACCGUAACUGAUACCAUCUACACCUUAGAGGCCACCUCACCCUCCAUAGUGAACUCAACUGCAUCCAACAGUGAGAGGACUGGACUUUGUCCGUCUAACUAACGACCAGCUUUGCCUCCUGUAGCACUAAAUUUACCAAAUCUUUUUGGUACAAGUGGCCAGGUUGGUUUUCCUGGUGACCAUCCAUAGCUGACUGAUACAAGGUCUAGGUGUUCACGGAGUCACAGUUCCCCCUUCAGCGUAAUUGCCCCAGUACAAGUGGCCAUGUGGGUGUUGGCCACGUUGGAAAACCCUUCAGGCCCACCCCAAACCUCUAACAACCACCCUACUAACUGCAGCUGAUACUCCUUGAGUUCUCGUGUGCCAGGUUCUCUACAAAGCACUUUAACGCAUCGUCUCCUUUUGAUCCUCGUGACUGUCCUCCGAGACGGUUACUCUUGUUACCCCAGUUUAUCCGUAAGGACGCUGCCCAAGGUACUCAGCUAGUAAGCGAUCCCCUUGGGCUCAGGAAGCAGGAUGACUAGUUCAGUUUCCCCCAGUAGUCAGAGUUCUCAAAGCCCACCAACAGUCUGGAAUGGAUUGUGUUUGAUUUAUGGCAUCGAGGGAAAGAUGAUAUUUGUGUUAGUAAAAACCACCUUUAAGUGUGUUGACACUUCAGUAGGACCCUAGAAACCAUACCUGUUCUGGUAACUGCCCGGGUUUCCGCGUAAGACUUGACUUGCGUGAGAGUCCAUGUUGACUAGAAGUGUUAAAGUAGUGAAAAAAUUAAAAUUGCUGAUGUGUUCACCUUUGUUUUGUAGGUUCCCUGUACAAAAAUGCAGGGAUUUAAAGCAAACAUUUGAACUCAGUGGAGUGAUCUUCUUUGGGGACCCAUAGAUGUCAGAAACGGCACUGGGCAUCGGUUAGCUAACGUUUCCUUCAGUUUGCGCCUUUGUUGUGUUUGUAGCCUUAGAGUCGAUGAGUCUGGUUUGGAAGAGAGGGAUUUAAUGUACGAUGUCACUGUGAGAACCGUUGUGAAGGUUUUGUAGGAAAAUAUGGUAAUCUGUGGACCCUUUCCCGUAGUUACUGGCUUUCACAUCUCUGGGGCUGUGCUUGAGUUCAGGAGCCCACCAAGGCCAUGCGGGCCCAGCUUGUGUUUCUUGGGAACAGGGCACGCCAGAUGGUGAGACGGUCCUGAAACUUUCGAGGUCCUUGGUCCAGCCAGACCCUGCCCAGUGUAAGCACUGCCUCUGUCCCUCUUCUCUGGAGCUUCAUGUAGCAGCCUGACAUUGGGGCCAACUUGCCUUUACUCUAUUUUCUAUGAUGAACACUUGUGGAGAAACUGUGACAAAUCCAUUGAUCCUAAUAUUUUUAUUGUUGGAGUCCUGUUGAUUCUCUAUGAAUAAUUUCUAUUCGAUUGUACUGUGUAGAAUUAAUACCCACUAGGGAUAUGUUAAUAAAACUAUAAAUGCAUAGUGUAAUAUAGAAUAGCAAGAUUUUUUUGUGAACAAUUUAUAUAGAAAAGUAAGUUGUUUUUUAAGUGUUAGGCACAUUUCUUUUAGGAACUUAAAAUGUUAUAAGAGUUUUUUAAACAUUCAAUAUUUUUAAUUAUAAGAAACAUUUGUUACUAGAGCCAGUUAUUUCAGGUGUUCUAAUUGGAGUAUUGAUUUUAUUACCUCAUAUACCUCUAGAAUGCCACAUGUUCUGUUGGAGAUAAAAUUGCACAAUAAAUGUCAAGUCUCUGUUAAGUGUUUUAA